UUUGCUCGUGCCCGCUGCUGUAUUAUUUUCAUCUUUGUUUUCUGGUCGGGUUCGGGCGGUUUCGGUCCUGCAGCUUCUGCUUUGCUCGGACGGUAAGGAGCACAAAAUUCGGCAUGAUCGCGUCGCCGGAUGUGGAAGUUGAUGAGUUUACGGAUGUCUCUGGUGGAUUUGGGAAAGAAGCUUCUAGAAGCAGCUCGUGCUGGUCAGGACGAUGAGGUUCGGAUACUGAUGGCCAAUGGAGCUCCAUUCACUACCGACUGGCUGGGCACGUCUCCGCUGCAUCUGUCUGCUCAGUUUGGACAUUACUCGACCACAGAGGUUCUGCUGCGUGCCGGGGUGAGCCGCGAUGCCCGCACCAAAGUGGACCGGACGCCUCUGCACAUGGCCGCGUCUGAGGGUCACACACUCAUAGUGGAGCUCCUGCUGAAGCACGGCGCUGACGUGAACGCUAAAGACAUGCUGAAGAUGACAGCGUUGCACUGGGCUGUACAGCACAGCCACCGAGACGUGCUGGAACUUCUUCUGCAGUUUGGAGCUGAUGUCCAUGCGCAGAGUAAAUUCUGCAAAAAUGCGCUGGACAUCGCCCUCGACAACAGCUGUCAUGAGCUCGCUGAAAUCCUGCAGGUAGCAAUGCAGAAUCAGAUCAACACAAACCCAGAGAGUCCAGAUACACUGACUAUUCACACAACUACACCACAGUUCAUCAUCGGCCCGGGAGGAGUCGUGAACCUCGCUGGACUCGUCUCACCUGGAAACAGCAGCAAAUCUACAGUCGUGGCAGCAGAGGAAGUUAUAACGGCGGAUACGGUCGACGGAGCCAUUCAGCAGGUUGUGAGCUCUGGAGGUCAGCAGGUCAUCACCAUUGUAACAGAUGGUAUUCAACUGGGCAACCUGCAGACUGGCACAGGUAUCAGCCAGCCCAUAAUAGUCACCAUGCCUGAUGGGCAGCAGGUAUUAACGGUGUCAGACACAGAGGUUGCUGAGGAAACGGUGAUCAGUGAGGAGCCAUCCAUUAAACGGCCACGUGUGAAGGAAGAAGACGACAGUGAAAUGACAGAAAUACAAGACAUGCAGGUCCACCAAAACAUCUCACUGCAGGACAUGCAGGAAAAAGUGUCUCUUCUGAAGCAGCUGGAGGAGGCGAAUCGUGAAGCUCAGAGAUACAGACAGCAGUUCCUGAAGAAAGAGCAGGAAGCAGAAGCUUACAGACAGAAACUAGAGGCCAUCACACGACAGAACGCAAAGAAAACAGUGUGAAACACAAAUCAUCACACACACACACACACACACACACACGUUAAAGCUGUAUUACUGAGGACCCUUCAAAGAUGCAAUGGUUUAGAGUACAGUGAAAUCAUGUUGUGAACAAAUGUUCAAGAAUUGUGUUGCUUUAGUUCAUUUUAAUUAAGUAAACUGUACAACCUGCAAAAAUCUUUUUUUUUUUUGUUGAGUGAAUUGAAUGUUACUUUACAAGACUGAAAAGUAUUACAUUACAUGAGCAUUAAUCACUUUUGUUUGCCUCUGUUCACACCAGCGAUUAGCUUGUGUGCUCCAGACAUGUCGAGCUGUGGUGCUCAUGUGGGCGACAGAUUUGAUUGCCGCCCAUAUCCCGUUACUCAAUCCCCCGAUGGCUUCUCAGUUAAGUGGAAAAAAAAUACAAACACACAGGAAAUCUGACUGACCUGCAGAUGAAUCGGGGAAAUCAAUGAUUUUAAAUGAUUUAUUUUAUGCACAAUUUAAUGCAUUAUUAUGUAUAUAUAAUACAUUUGAUAUAUUAUAUGUAUCCCCCCCAAAAAAACAGUUUAGUGUAAUUUGUUCAGACAGUUUCAGUUUCUGCAGAAAGAUGGGAUAUGGUUUUCAUCAUUGAUAAUGGAUUUUACAGCCCAUUAUUCUAGUUGAUAUGAUGUAUAAUGUCUGCCGUUUGCUUGUUUAUAGUUUUCUGAUAAUCAUGAUUUGUGAUGAAUUUUGCAGUUUUCUGGAUUUCUGUCAUAAACAUUCUUAUUUUUAAGACCAAAUUUUUGGGAUUUGUUUCAUUAAGGAUGAACGCACAUUCUCACUGCAGAAAUGUACUUUUUUAAACAUAAAUUCAUAACAUCUAGCAGUCUGAUUUUACAUGCAAAACUAUUAUGCUAAAAUACUGUUAUCAUCUAAAACUCUGAAUUGAGUGUUUGAAUGCACAGAAAAGAGUUUUACAUUCAUCAUUAAGCUGUGAUAAAAGAAUUCCAGCAUUGCCAGGGUCUUUAUUUUCUUAAUCCUCUGUAGAUAUUAAUAAUAAAAAAUGU